CAGAGUCCAGACUGAAACUCUCGUCACUUCUCUUUCUUCCACAGCUCAUCCUUUUCCUCUUCGCCAUCAUGCCGAUCUUCCACACAAAUUCCUCCACCCUGCCCGUGACGGACCACCCCACCCCCUCCCCCCACACAAACUCCACCCUCAACCCGAUCGGCGUCGCCGCCAUCGACUUCUUCAACGACCUGCUGAACAAAAUCCCCCUGCCUCGGUGGGCGGUCUACGCCAUCUUCGUGGCCGGAGGUCUGCUGAUCAUCAUCUGCUGUCUGUGUGUCUGCGUCAAGUGCUGCUGCAAAGGGAAGAAGAAGAAGAAGCAGCAGCAGAAGGAGAAAGUCAAUCUGAAGGGAGUGGACGGAAAAACCACCACAGCUCUGGUGAGUGCCGGCGCCCUCUGGAGGGCUCAGCUGCUGGAACCAGUAGAACCGGGUACAUGUACUCCAGUACUGAGCUAAAGUACAGAUGUUGAGGUACUUGUACUUUACUGGAGUCUUUUUCUUUUCAUGCCACUUUCUACUUCUACUCCGCUAAAUCUCAGAGAGAAAUGGUAAACUUUUUAC